CGCCCUGGCGCCCCGCUGCCGGCAGGCGGCGCUGUGUGCUCUCUGCCGGCUGGUGCCGCGCCGCCUCCGGUCAGCUGAGCGCGCGGUUCCGGCGCGGCCUGCAGCGCGAUGCGGAUCGAGAAGUGCUACUUCUGCUCGGGGCCCAUCUACCCGGGCCACGGCGUCAUGUUCGUGCGCAACGACUGCAAGAUAUUUAGAUUCUGCAAAUCAAAAUGCCACAGAAACUUUAAAAAGAAGCGAAAUCCCAGAAAGAUGAGAUGGACCAAAGCAUUCCGGAAAGCAGCUGGCAAAGAAUUGACAGUGGAUAAUUCAUUUGAGUUUGAAAAACGUAGAAAUGAACCAGUGAAAUACCAGAGAGAGUUAUGGAACAAGACUGUUGAUGCAAUGAAGAGAGUGGAGGAAAUAAAGCAAAAACGCCAAGCUAGAUUUAUUAUGAACAGAUUAAAGAAGAGCAAAGAGUUGCAGAAGGCAGAAGACAUCAAAGAAGUCAAACAGAAUAUCCACCUUCUUCGUGCUCCACAUGCAGGAACACCAAAACAGCUGGAGGACAAAAUGGUGCAGAAGCUACAAGAGGAUGUGGCUAUGGAAGAAGACUCUUAAAAUACUUUUAUUUUCUAUUUAUAUCUCUACAGCAGUUAACAGUUCCUUAUUGCCUCUCCUGGCAUCUUUCAGAACUGUCCUUCUAGUUGAAGAAAAAUACAUUUUAAUGAAUAGUGGUCAUUUACAGUUUGAUUUUUUGUUUUAUAAAAAAAUAUAUGGAUGCUGUUUUGGGCAGUGCUUACAGUACUGUAAUUUGAAAACACCUUGUCAGCAGGAUGGAGAAUAAGGCAUAUUGUUUGAGAUACUAUGUGCUCCUUGGAAAGUUACACUUUCUGGAUAACUUUUCCCAGAUAAUUCAAGGAAUAAAAGAUGUUUGCCCUGA